GAUCCUGCUGACGGUGGUGGUGAUCUUCCGCAUCCUGAUCGUGGCCAUCGUGGGCGAGACGGUGUACGAGGACGAGCAGACCAUGUUCACCUGCAACACCCUGCAGCCCGGCUGCCGCCAGGCGUGCUACGACCAGGCCUUCCCCAUCUCCCACAUCCGCUACUGGGUCUUCCAGAUCAUCCUGGUGUGCACGCCCAGCCUCUGCUUCAUCACCUACUCCGUGCACCGGGCGGCCAAGCGCCGCGAGCGCCGCCGCUCCUUCCCCCUCCGCCCUCUCCCCGAGCCGCCGGCGCCCGCCGAGGAGGCCAAGGAGCCGCCGCCGAGCGCGGCCCCGCGGGGCUCCAAGGCCGGGGGGCGGCUGGAGGGGGGGGUCUCGCGCUUCUACGUGCUGCAGGUGGCCUUCCGCAACGCGCUGGAGAUGGGCUUCUUGGCCGGCCAGUAUUUCCUCUACGGUUUCCGCGUGCCGGCCAGCUUCGAGUGCGACCGCUACCCCUGCGUCAAGGAGGUGGAGUGCUACGUGUCGAGGCCCACCGAGAAGAGCGUCUUCCUCGCCUUCAUGUUCGCCGUCAGCGGCGUCUGCGUCCUGCUCAACCUGGCCGAGCUCAACCACCUGGGCUGGCGCGAGGUGCGCCGGGCGGCCGCGCGGGGGGCGAGGCGGCGCCGCGAGACCCCCGGGACGGGCCGAGGAAAGAAGGACGGGGAGGGAGCCCCCGCGGCUCCCCCCGGACGGACGCAGUCCAGCGAGUCGGCCUACGUCUGAGACCCCCCCCCCCCCCCAAAAA